GUAGCGGAUAUUUAAAUAAAGAAAAUAAAAAUCGUAAAAAAUGGGGGAAAUUUUGUCUGUAAAUCACGAGACCCAGCUCAUCUCUUUCUCUCUCUGUCUAUCAACAUUUGUCUCUGAAAUGAUCGGAACAAAAAAAUAAUUUCAAAUUCUAAUCCCCUCGAUCAGAUCCAAUACCCUGAAAAACCUGCAUUUCUGCGAUCUGAUUGAAAACUUUAAAUCCUUAAAAGAGGAAAUCUGUCAUCGUUUUUGAGUUAAGAGAUGGCUUCGAUGUCUUCCGUCAGCGAGGAGCUUACAGAGAUCGAGGGACAAGUUUCUGAUAUUUUCCGCGCUCUAUCAAAUGGGUUUCAGAAAUUGGAGAAGAUUAAGGAUACGAGUAGGCAAAGUAGACAGUUGGAGGAGCUCACCCAGAAGAUGCGCGAUUGCAAAAGGCUUAUUAAAGAGUUUGAUAGAGAAUUGAAGGAUCUGGAAUUCAAAAUUGAUUCAGAGACCAGCAAGAUUUUGAAUGAAAAGAAGCAAUCAAUGAUAAAAGAAUUAAACUCAUAUGUUGCGCUGAAAAAGCAAUAUGCAAGCAAUCUUGAGAACAAGAGGGUGGAGCUUUUUGAGGGGCCAGGUGAAGGAUUUGCCGAAGACAAUGUAUUGCUAGCUUCUUCCAUGUCGAAUCAACAAUUAAUGGAUCAUGGAAACAAGAUGAUGGAUGAAACAGAUCAAGUUAUCGAGAGAUCAAAAAAGGUUGUCCAUGAGACCAUUAAUGUUGGGACAGAGACUGCAGCUGCUUUAAAGGCACAGACUGAACAAAUGAGUAGGAUCGUUAAUGAGUUGGAUUCCAUUCAUUUCUCUAUAAAGAAGGCUUCGCAGUUGGUCAAGGAAAUUGGUAGGCAGGUUGCAACUGAUCGAUGCAUUAUGGGCUUGCUCUUCCUCAUCGUGGUUGGUGUGAUAGCCAUCAUAAUUGUGAAGAUUGUGAAUCCACACAACAAAGACAUUCGGGAUAUUCCUGGAUUGGCACCUCCAGCCCCAAGCAGAAAAUUACUUUGGAACCCUAAUUGAAGACCUCUCCCUUCUCUGCAAAUAGCUGCAGCAGGUUAUUUGCAUUUUGUGUGCAAUGAUGGAUGGUUCUUUCUUGUGACAUUGUUGGAGGAACCUGAUGUGCGCAUUGGGUAUAUCAUUGCCGUCGGGUGCCAAAGAUGUGCCGAAACCAUCUUUGCCAGCCAGAUUUCAUCAGUAACAAUCCCUCAAACAUUCUUGUGUCUAGCUGACUAGGUCUAAUGGGAAAUUCUUUGUAUUUUCGUUUCAUUUUUCUUACUUUAUAAAAACAUUCCCAUUCGAGUGAGAGAAAUAGAAAUACACACGGCUUCCUUUGUAAUAUUUUAUACUUCAAGGUUGUAUUACUACUAAGUAUAUUUGGCUACGCACUGUCAGUUUACCUCGAAACAUUUUUUUGUAUACCAUCCCCUAGAAUAUGUCAUUAUACCA